AUGGAGCCAAUUGAAGAAACAUCUAUUCAAACUGAAAAAUCAGUAGAGUUAACUCAAGAAAAAGAUACUUCAACAACAACAACAACAACAACCAAAACAACAACAACCAAAACAACAUCAAAUAAAGAAAUUAAAAAAAAUAUUAUUUCAUUAACAACAACAACAACAAGAGGUCAAAAAAGAGCAAAAAUAACUUUUGAUUAUUUAUUUGGUAAUAUUAUAAAUAGUAAAGAUGAUAUUCAAACUUUAAUUGGUUAUGAAUUUGUUGGACCAACAGAAAAAGAAUUAUCAGUUUGCUUUGAACAAUUCCCAAAACAAUCAACAUCAGUUAUUACCACACAAGAUUUAACAAAUUAUCUUAAAAACAACUAUACAACUGAUCAAUUAAACAAAGUUACACCACCAAUAAAUGUUGAUAACAUUUUAGAAUCUGCUGAUCUUAAUGAAAGUGGUUCAAUUGAACUUGAUGAUUUCGUUGAUUAUAUUAAAGAGAAAAUCAUUGAAGAAUCAAUAUCAUUAGGUUUAAUUAUUGAAAUUGAAGAUGAAGAACCAAAGAAAAGAGUUAGAAAACCACCAGUCGUCGCUGUUGUUAAAGCUAAAAAGCAACCAAAAGCUGAAAAAUUAAAAAAGAAAUCAAAAGUUGAAAAAGUUUCAAAAAAAGUUUCAAAAAAAGAAAUCGCCACCAAAGGAGUAAAAACACCAAAAUCACCAAUAAAAUCACCAAAAAAAACAACAACAAAAACUCUAAAAACUGUUAAACCAAAGAAAUCAAAUCUCAAAUAUAAUUUUGAAAAGAAUACCACUACCACUACUUCAUCAACUGAAUUAAAUAAUCAACUUGAAGGUAACAAUCUUAGUGGUGAAGGUAAAAUGAUUCCAAAAUGGCAAUACAAAUUCUCAAAUAAUUGGAUGGAUUAUACUGAAGCUGCCUCUGCUAUCACUGAACAAGCAUACCAAGAUUGGUUAUUAAAUAGUUUUAUUGAUGUUAGAUCGGUUCAAUCUGGUCAAUGGUGUUACCAAAUUGAUUUUAAACAAAUGACUCAAACAAAUAUUCAGCAUCAUGAUCAUACUUCUCGUCAAAUUAGAAGAAUUGUUCAAAAUGUUUAA